AUGGCAAUCCACCGGAUCAUCACUGACAAGGUGUCAACGGGCAACCUCCCGGCACUUGCACUCGUUAGCAUCGCGCUUGCCUUCCUCUUCAAGAAGCUUGUUCUCGAUGACCGCCACAACGCCAAAAGAGGUUGGCAGCCUAUGCCGAGUUAUUGGCAAUGGGAUCCUAUCUGGGGUCUUGACCUUGUCGCAAGUCAAAUCCGGGCCUUGCGAACAAACCGCUUCCUUGACUGGCUAGCCCAGAUGCACGCCAGUAUGCCUCAUACUAAGACGUUUGCUACCAACAUGUUUGGUGUCAGAUGGGUUUACACCUGCGAUGCAGAGGUCCUCAAAGCCGUUUAUGCCACACACUUCAAAGAGUUUGGAGUGACACCAAUUGGAAACCUCAGAAGGGGCUUGAGUCCUUUUGCCGACAAGGGUGCUAUUACUACUGAUGGUGACGAUUGGAGACAUAGUCGUUUCAUUAUUCAACCCUUCUUUGAUCGUCAGGUGUACACUAGUACCGAUCGUGUGGCGCGUCAUACAGAUCAGUUUAUGAAGUUGAUGCCGGAGGAUGGCGAGACUGUUGAUUUACAGCCACUUCUUCAACGAUGGUUCCUUGACAUCGCCACGGAGUUCAUUUUUGGCAAUUCUACUGAGUCUCUGGUGUAUCCGGAACGCUCCAAGAUCGCCCUCACCAUGCUCGAUGUGCUUGAUGGCGGUCGCCUACGCGCCCAGCUCAACAGACUCAUGUUUCUCCGCGACUGGUCAUCCUGGUUAAAGGCCGUAGAUGAGAUCCACGCCUUUGUCACUCCCCCGAUUGAGCAAGCACUAAAAGAGAAGGAAGAACGCGAUAGAAAGAUACAGCAAGGUGAAACUAAUCUAGGCGAGGAGCGAACUGAUCUUCUCUGGUCGAUGAUACAGAAUCUCCAGGAUGUGCCAGAGUUGAGAUCGCAGAUCUGUCUGAUCCUCGUGGCCAAUAUUGACACUACUUCGGUUUUCAUCAGUAACUGCAUGUGGUGGCUUGCUCGCCAGCCUGAGGUUUGGCAGAAGAUUCGCCAGGAGGUUGCUGAACUUGGAGAUAUUCCCAUGAAUUUCUCUGUUCUGCGAAAUAUGAAGUAUCUUAACUGUGUCAUGAACGAGACUCACCGAAUGAUUCCCAACAAUGUCUCGCAGCUACGAGGAGCCUUCGAGGACGUCGUAAUACCAGCAGGCGGAGGAUCAGACGGCAAAUCACCAACUCUCAUUCGCAAAGGCGAUUUGGUCUUAAUCAACAAAACCGUCAUGUACCGGGAUCCUGAGAUCUGGGGAGAAGAUGCCGACGAGUUUAAGCCAGAGCGAUUUGACGGGUACAGAGGAUCUUGGCAAUUCCUGCCAUUCGGAGGAGGGCCUCGUCGCUGUCCAGCGCAAAUGAUGGUUCAAACUGAAGCGGCCUACAUUCUUGCUCAUCUAGCCAAGACAUUCUCGCGCAUUGAGCCCCGAGACUCGGCUCCUUACGUGCCUGUCAUGCGGAUCGGGCCUUCGAACAAGACUGGUGUGAAGGUUGCUAUGUAUCGAUAA